GUUUACCUCAUGUUCAGUUGCGACGAUCCAUUUAACAUUUUUGGAUUUGUGUUUCUCAUAGUUACCUUUUUAAAAUUAUGAAAUACAAAUUGUACACUUAUGAAAAAUUUGAAAAAUAUAAAAAGAUCUCUUUAACGUGAGCUACUCCAAAUGAUGGGCGGUGGCGGGAAAUUCGUGUCCGGACGGGAAAUCCGGGCCGAUGUCCAUCGUCACCGACCAUAGUACCGGCGAUGCAGUUAACUGCAAAAAUAUGGUAGAUAAUAUAUUGAAAAUCCACUAUAAAUAAUGGGUAACCUACAAAGCUCCUCGCCAUCGUCCCGUGUCGGUCCAAAGAGUCAGAACAAAGGACAAUCGACGUCCGGAACACGGGAUUGGCUGAUAGGGGGCGUAAGGGCGCUACGGAAACCAGUUGCACCAGCGUCGGUGGAGGCGGUGGGUCACGUGACCGUGACCAGUCGUGACCUCCGCCGGCAGGAGCUACAACGAACGACUUCCCAAGCCCGCGACGGCGAUACUGAUCACCUCCAUGCAGAUGAGCAUCAACAACAACAACAACAACAACGGCGACGGCAACCACUGCAGGAGCACAACCACAGCUGCAACAACGCGUCCAGUUCGGAAGAGUCAGUGUUCACCGAUCCACUGACUAGUCCGCAGAGUGUGUAUUCUGAUGCCACAGACGAACCACACGAGUCCGCGAUGGUAGUCAACGGCGACACGCUCACCGGUAACACACGUACGCCUACACAAGCUUUUACAAUAGUCAAACAUCGCAAAGUUCAGCUGAAUCCGACACCAAUACAGUCUACUAAUAAUGGUCGAGUGCAGGUGGACUCAGUCAAACGUAGCGUUGCCUCGCAUCUGGGCGACGGACCCAAGGACGGGAGCGUCCUCAGGAGGGUCGCCAAGGUCACGCUGGACCAGGCAACCAAGCACCAGAAACCAGUGAAGCCGAAACAUGUCCCAGAAAAGUUGGACUUCAAAAAUCAGGAGAAGUUCGAAGGUCAAGUACUGGUCAACUGGUUAGUUUCCUCGUUCGGGACUGAAGAGUUACGAAGAGACGCCCGUUCGUUGGUUCCUCAAAUCUGUACAGAUCUUCUGACAGCGGGUGUCAUCAAACAGAUACAUGACAAAAACUCUAUAGUCAGUGAUGUGUUCAGAUCAGAUCUCAUGUAUUACUGGGCCCGUUCAGAAUUAAUUAACUCACCAACACAGUCACCUGGGCGCAUUAAUCAACAAACCUGGUUGACAGAUAAAAAUACGGGAGAUAUAAACGGCAAUAAUGGACAAACUGACAAGAUCUAUAAAAAAACAGAAGAUUCGCAAGAAAUACAAAACAAGACUAUCAUCACACAGUCGCUUCAAAAAAAUGGCAUUAGUUCUACUCAUAAAGAAAAUAUGCCGGACUUUGAGAACAUCAUACCAAAGUUCUCGCCUACAAAAAGCCCCACGUCAAUUAAUUUUCCAAUUAAACGUAAAAAAUCUUUGACUUCGUUAUCGGAAAAAUUAUCAUACUUAUCAGUUGAAGAUUCAAAAAUUCCAAUAAAGCACACUAAUGAAAAUUCACCUGAUGAUAAGGUUUCAAAAGCCCAAAACCCUCCCAAUAAAUGGUCACCCGUAUCAACCCCUAAACAGAGUGUUAAGGUAUCUCCGCCAUCUAGUCCUAACAAUGGCGAUGUCUCAUUGUACUACACUCCUGCUGGUACCGUAGAGGAUACUAAACAUCACGGAACCUCUUUAUUAACAACUCCAGUGAGCUCAAAUAUUAGAAAAAUAGUGAUCGCUGAAAUGUCACCAAAUUUAGACACUAGUGAUACAAGUACCAUUGGGCAUAACACAGAUUCAUCUCCCAACACGCCCGGAGUUAAUAAAAAUAGUUCACCUGUCAAACUGAUGAAGCCUUCUUCUGAAAAUUCACUACCUAAUUCAAGUAGAGAAAACCAAGUUGUAUCAUCGGAAAUUAAAAUACCACCACCUCCCCCUCUUCCAAUGACCGAAAAUGGCCUAUUGUCGUCAAAUGGACCUGUAGUCAUUUUGAGUUCUCCACCACCGGAUAAAUCACAAUUACCAUGUAAUACAAAAAAAUUUUCUCUGUCAACUUCAUUACUUAAUAAUGUUCCUCCGCUACCACCACCACCACCUCCCCCGCCAUCAUUGUUUGAAUUAAAUAUCCCUCCUCCUCCUCCUCUUCCUCAUAUAUAUGAUGAAAAUAUUCCACCUCCACCACCACCUCCAGUUCCUAUUCUAUCUGAGGGUAAUUCAAUACCUCCUCCACCACCUCCUCCUCAAUCUAUGACGUGUGCUAUCAAAGAUAAUACUCUUCCACCACCACCUCCACCGCCAUUAAAUGGUCCAACACCGUUUCCUGCACCACCGGUCGGUGGUUGGAAUGCUCAACGUAACAUGCUACGUAAGAAACCUAUAACCCCUCCGGUACCAAUGAGACCAUUAUAUUGGACAAGAGUGAUUGUAAAAGAACCUAACAUUGAAGUCUAUGCACCAUCUUCUCCUGAUUCACCCGAUAGCUUGAAACCAUUGUGGAGUGAUUUAGAAGAAGCACCUAUACCAAAUAUUAAUGAAUUUUCCCAGCUAUUUUCUCGUCAAGCAGUCGAACCUAAAGUUUCCAAGAAAAAAGUUUUAGAAAAAAAGAAAUCUGAGGAAUUUAAACAAAUUUUAGAUACAAAAAGAUCUCGAAAUGUGGGAAUUUUAGCGCAGAGUUUACAUUUAGAUUUUUCUGAAAUCGAAAAUGCUUUGUACAAUUUUGAUACUUCAGUGGUUAGUGUUGAAGUUUUACAACAAAUAUAUGAAGUGUCGGCAACCGAAGAAGAACUUCGUUUGAUAAAAGAUCACGUGUCAUCUCAUCCAGAACAACCAUUAGAUAAACCCGAACUGUUUCUACUUGAGCUUAGUGAAAUUCCACAUUUUGGCGACCGAGUAGCCUGUUUAAUAUUUCAAUCAGACUUUAAUGAUGCACUCAAUAGUAUUGCUAGUAAAUUAAAUAAUAUGAAAGCUACAUCAAGAUUUUUAAUAACAUCGGAAAGCUUGAAAAAAGUGCUGGCCAUCAUUUUGGCAUUGGGAAACUAUAUGAAUGGUGGAAAUCGUCAACGUGGUCAAGCAGAUGGUUUUGGUUUGGAAAUUUUGCCUAAGUUGAGGGAUGUAAAGAGUAAAGAUAACUCGAUGACUUUACUUCAUUUUAUUGUAAGAACUUACAUUUCUGAAUGCAACGAACCAAUGAAAGUAUCACUUCCAGUGCCAGAACCUAGUGAUGUAGAUCGAGCAGCUCAUGUCACUUUUGAUGAUUUAGAGCAAGGCUUAAAAGAUUUGAAAAUUAAACUUGCAGGAUGUAAGAAGAAAACUGAUAAAGUUAUAUCUUCAUCUGCCGAAGACAAUUUAGAACCUUUCAAAUCUAAAAUGGAAUCAUUUAUUUCUAUGGCUCGAAGACAGUUGGACAAUGAAUUGGAAAAUUUAGAAGAAAGUAAAAAACUUUUUAUUAAAUUGAUGCGAUUCUAUCAAUUUCAACCGAAAGAUAGUAAAAAUCUUAAUGAUGUUGCACCAAAAGAUUUUUUUCCAUUAUGGUUACCAUUUUGUACAGACUUCAAAGACUUUUGGAAUAUGGAACAACAACGAAUUGUGAAAGAAAAGCUUUUAGAAAGUAAAAGAAAAACAAAAGAGAGACAACAAUUAGUAAGGACAAGUAAAAAAUCGUUAGUGGGAUUAAAAAAUCAAAUUCAAUCGAAAUUUAGCUUAAAAAAUUAAUUUUUUUUUCUAUUGAUGAUGUAUUUUGAAAAGAAAAAUCAAAUGCAAGACUGAAAGAAAAUUGUUAACUUUUGAAAAUCUACCAAUUGUGAGAGUUUUUCAAUACAAAACUUGUAUCAUUGAAAAUUAUUUAAAAGAAUUUUUAUUAAUUGUAAUUAAUAAUUUUUAGGUUAUAUUUUUGUAAAAAAAUUUCAAUAAUGAAAUUUAAAGGUUUAUUUUUGUUGUUUAUGAGUUUAUUUUAAAGUUCAAUCUAAACUAACAUAUAACUUUUUUUUAUGUUUUUAACUUAGUUAAAUUGUUUAUUUAAAACGCCUUAAGACUGACUAGAAAUACAUUUUAUAUGGUGAUUAUUGUUGUAAAAAUAAAGCUUUAAAAGUAAUCAAUUAUAUUAUUGCUUACUGAUGCUUCAAAAAUAUAUUUAUGGAUUGUGUUACUGCUCAACUAACAUCUACAAUGAAGAAGUUUGCACUAAAUUUUUAAAUUAAUAUUGGUUACCACCACUGUAGCAUAAAAUAUAUUAUAUACUUGUUGAAUUAAAAUAUUUUGAUUAUAUAAAGUUAUAUAUUUAC